UUUCAUAGACAUUCGAGAAGUUAGUGUAUCCUUCACUGUGCUACACAAAAGUAGCAAAAAAAGUAGUUAGGCUUUGUUUACAAGUAUAUGAAAUGUUCAGUAAUAGGGUUGAACCCGGACCCUAUACUCUCCCGGCGCUGAUGAACGUCGUGCGCGCAUCGACCUCUCCUCCACUCCACAAACCUCUUGAACGGAUCACACGUCCUCCACUUUAGCCGGGGUCCCCACUUACUUGUGCCCUGUUUUACGCACAGGGAAGUGACCGCGUAGCUUUUCGACCCCUGGAACGUUUUCUUUUUCGAAAGGACUAUUUAUCGUGUGGAUAUGUGGUGGAUGCUCUUUCCCAGAUGGAUCUGGUUUUUGUUAGGACAGUUCUGCGUCUUGCAUUCGGACUUGCGCGCCAGAGCGAUGCCAAUGACCCUGUCCAAAGUGGUCUAUUCUCACGCGGGAAUGUGUCCGAACGAGAUGAACCCGAACCUGUGGGUGGAUGCCAUGAGCACCUGUGCGCGAGAGUGCGAGUCCGACCAGGACUGUGAGCCGUUCGAGAAAUGCUGUUCAAAUGUUUGCGGACACAAGAGCUGUGUGGCUGCCCGCUACAUGGACAUUACAGGCAGGAAAGGUCCAGUUGGGAUGCCCAAAGGAGUCACCUGUGACAAGUUCAUGUGCACCCAACAAGGUUCAGAGUGUGAAAUCUGGGACGGACAGCCGGUGUGCAAGUGCCGAGACCGUUGUGGACGGGAACCCUAUUUCACAUGCGCCUCGGAUGGUAUGACCUACUACAACAAGUGCUACAUGGACGCUGAGGCCUGUACCAGAGGCGUCACCCUCACCGAAGUCACCUGCAGAUACCACUUCAGCUUGUCCAACACCAGCCCGCUUCCAGCGGAGACCACUGCCCGGCCCACCACCGCCCAUCUUGAGACUACUCCCAUGGAUAUUCAGCGUCCCAUCAUGGUCAGCAAUCCAGCACACCACUUUGUAUUCGUAGGCGAAACGGCGAGCUUCCUCUGCGAGGUGACAGGAAAACCAAAGCCGGCGAUUACAUGGGAAAAGCAGAUCGAAGGUAAAGAGAACACUAUAAUGCGACCCAACCACGUGCAAGGAAACAUAGUAGUUACCAACAUCGCCCAGCUGGUUAUAUACAACGUCCAGGUCCAGGAUGCCGGCAUCUACACCUGCACCGCCACAAACCAGGGUGGAUCCGUGCAAGCCCAUUUCCCACUCUCUGUGGUCCCCAGGGAGCCGACCAAACCGGACCCGGUCAUGAAUUCCACACGCCUACCUGCCGAGGAGUGUCUGAAGGCACCGGAUAUGGGCGACUGCGGAGAGGAGAGCAUGAAGUGGUACUAUGAAGCCAAGCGCAACAAUUGCUUUACAUUCACCUACAGCCAGUGCAAUAAAAACCGAAACCAUUUUGAUUCCUACGAGUUGUGCAUGCUGUCCUGCGGAGCAGAGCUUGCGGCACCUUGCUCCCUGCCUAGCAUACAAGGUCCUUGCAAGGCUUACAAACCACGCUGGGCUUACAGCCACUCGCUCAAGAAAUGCCAGUCCUUUGUUUACGGAGGCUGCGGUGGCAAUGAGAACAACUUCGAAAGCAAGGAAGCCUGCGAGGAGAUGUGCCCUUUCCCCAAGACUCACAAUUGCAAGCCGUGCAAACCCCGCCAGAAGAUGGUCCCGAGCUUCUGCAAGAGCGACUUUGUGGUUUUGGGACGUAUUUCGGAGUUGACCGAGGACCACGAUUCAGGUCACGCGCUCAUCACUGUGGAGGAGAUCUUGAAGGACGAGAAGAUGGGGCUACGGUUCUUCGGGCAGGAACCUCUGGAGGUGACGCUGCUCAACAUGGACUGGAACUGUCCCUGUCCAAACAUCACGAGAGCCGAGGGACAGAUGAUCAUCAUGGGGGACGUUCACAACGGCAUGGCCGUGCUGCAGCCAGACAGCUAUGUGGCUACGUCCAGCGUGCGGCGUGUUCGCAAACUCCGUGAGGUUAUCAACAAAAAGACUUGUGAUGUUUUGAAGGAGUUCAGCAGUACGAAGUACUAGGGGCGCUUAUGUUUUCUGAAUCUCUGGACAUCCUAAACCAGGGGCGUCAAAUCGUACUCUUGAAGGGACACUUUUACAGCAGAAACUCUGCUGGAAGGCGGUCUUCCAGGAGCAGGAUUGGACACCCCUGUCCCUAAACCAACGUGCCUGCCUCUCACCUGCUUUUCUUCAUGAAGCAGACUUGCAAACUUGACUUGUAGAUUCUACAAUCAUAUGUCACGCUUCUGUCGCAGCAUGGAGCUGCUUGAAUUAUCCAUGGGAAGAUAUGUGUGUGUGAAUGACCCUGUUGAAAAAAACAGCAUAUGCUGGUUAGGUCGUUUUUUUUAAACUGGUCCCUGCUCAGGACCAGCUUAGGACCAGCACAUGACCAUCUUAAACCAGCUCAAACCAGCAUCCAUGCUUCAGAACCUACCUAACCGGCAUAUGCUUUUUUUUUUCAACAGGGGACAUAUAUAUGCUAGAUGAUUUCAUGUGAAAAUAUUACCUUAUUUACAUCUACAUGUUGUAGUGUGAGUCCAGUUAUUUUAGUUUGACUAAAAAGCCACAGAUGUUGUAUUAAACCAGACUCUUUCUACCUGUCUUAGAACAAAUGCCUUGCAGGCAGUCACUGAACUUGAAUCUUCAGUGGAAGCAGGUGGUUAAACGUUACUAACCUAAAACUUUAUUUAUACUUAAUGAAGAUUUCAUUAAAGCUGAAGUGUGUAAUUUUUUGAAGGCGGAAUAAGCCCCACCUAUAGGAUUAGUUCACUUCUGAAUUCAGUAUGGUUUUUGAGGAAAACUUUCCAGGAUUUUUCUCCAUAUAGUGGACUACAAUGAGGAUCUGCUGGUUGAAGGUCCAAUUUACAGUUUCCAAAGAGCUCUACACAAUCACAGCUGAGGAAUAAGAGUCUUAUCUAUUGAAUCAAUUGGUCGUUUGCAUACUUUUUAACCAGAAAUGCUCAUCUUGCACUAGCUUUGUGCUGCGCAUCUACGACUUCAAGCAUUAAGUAAUCAGAUAAGUAGUUAAUUUUUCAUCUGCGUACUUCUCCAAAUUCAAAAUCGUUUCACAACGUUGUUUUACCUUUUUUUUGUGUAAAGGGCAUUUGACUUUCUUUGCACAUUCGCACUGUAAACACUCGCUCAGUACUUCCGCCUAUGUCACGCGUAACCUUUCCAAAGUGACUACGUAAUGCAUUAAGUUGAGCUAGUGCAAGAUGAGCAUUUGUGGUUAAAAGGUAAAUUAAUUGUAGGGUUUUUUUUAAAAAAUGACAGAUCGUUUCGGUAGAUAUGACCCUUGCCUGUCGUCUGGGAUCGUGUAGAGCCAUUUGAAGCUGCAUUGCAAUUUGGACCUUCAACCCACUGAUCUCCACUGAAGUCCACUAUAUAUAUAAAAAAAAAAAAAUCCUGGAAUGUUUUGCUCAAAAACCUUAUCUUGGAUGACAUGGAGGGUGAGUAAAUUAUCAGGAAAUUUUAAUUGUGGAGUCAACUAAUGGUUUAAUACAAAGAGAGGCAAUUCUAAGUAAGCUGUUAUAAAUUGAUUUCCUGGGAAAGUGCGCAUUGCUUGUUUGAGUAGCCUGGCAAUGCCUUUUUGUCCAACCAGUGGGGGAACGUUCAGUCAAUUUCACAGAAAUUACAGACUUCACCUUUAAUUAUGAAGCCAUGUCAUUCUUAAACGUAAAAAAAAUAUGACAUGUUAAAUACUCUUGCACCUUAUUUUAAUUCAUAGUUUUUUAUGCUGUAAUCGUUGUGCUUUGUUCCGUCUAUUUAUGCUUUUACAUUACUACCAUAAAUUGAAACAAAGGUAGUCCUGUGUACGUGCUUUACAAAGUAUGUUACGUGUUUUCUGUCAAACCAUACAAUGGCAAACGUAUAAAGAGAUUAUAACGAUUUGAAAAUGUAUUAAACAUCUACACCAGAAGGGCAAUUAAAGACAU